UCUUGUUGCUCGUCAUGAGACGAGGUACCCUGAAACCCGAAAUCACUCGUGGGGUCAAGCACACCGGAUUUUAAAAAACCAAUGGCGAAGGAAGGCGUUUAUGUGCUGGUUUCAUUUUUCUUUUUGGUAGGGUGAUUGUGGCUGCAUUUAAUGGACGCUUUUAUUUAUUUGAUCCUUGAUGAGAUAUAUCAAUCCAACACUAUUUGCUGCUUCGUGUCUUUUAUACAGCUAUAUAAUACUCCUUUUUCAAAUUCAAAUUCCACUUUUAAUUUUUUAUACUUUGACUGCUGGAAACAAUACUAUUGACUCUGUAUUCACAAAGGGCUUGCUAAGGGUGUCCACUGACGUUGUGAUCAAGUACCAACAUCUUCACCCGGUUUACUUCACAGAAAUAACUCAUGAAAGACCUAUAGAAUACUAGAAUAAGACGCUGAAAUGAACAUAUAAUAAAAUACAAUACAAUGCG